AUUUAAAACAGAUUAACAUGUCUGCGACCAUGAGAGAAGACAGCAGUUUGCUUUGAGUCAACAAAUUGAGGAAUAUUUCGAAAUUUCAAUUAAUGACAGGCAAACAGAGGUUAAAAGCCAUGUAAUGAAACAAAACGGUGAAAUGUCAAAAGUAAUUAGCUUUAAGAAAUGGCAGUUGUUGAUUCUACUGGUGUCCAUAGUGAUUCUGUUGUAUUUGAUGACCUCCUUUCUACGACCUUCAAACAAAACUCAAUACACAGUAACCAAGCAUCGAGAUAACAAGUACAUAGAGUGGCCAGCACUACAAGUAGCAGGGGACUCGGAGGCAUGGUUCAAGAAAUACUGCAUGAAGUCGGAGGACGCACUCUCCUUGGAAGACUAUCCGAAGAUUCUGGAUAAAUGGAAAAAAUCUACAGCAUUUGAAUGUCAAGAUAUGUAUAAAAGAUUUUCUUCAAUUUUCACAAUUACUGAGCACCCUGCCAAGGUAGUAAUCCCAGAAACCUUUGCUGCAAAGGUCAAAGGUUGGCUGGGAGGAAAUGAGGAGCUUUUCAACAAUGUCAAAGACCAGAGAAUCCUAUUCAUAUACAAUGAAUAUACAAGGGAGGAAAAUGUAUACAAUCCUCUAAGAGAAAAAAGACCCAUGUCUAAACCUCCAAGACCUGAACGAGAAUAUGUGGAGGAAAUCUCAAAGAAAACUGCUGAGACUUGUGAUUUUUGCCGAUACAAAACACACACUUCGGAGGACGUGUUUGGUCGCGUAGAGUCCGAUUAUUCCUUUACGGCAGCCAACACUUUUAAGUUGGACACCUGGCAUACACUGGCCUUAUUUAAGAAGCAUCAUCCCCUCAACUGGACCUAUACACAGUUUACAGACCUCAUGCAGACGUCACGAAAUUGGUUACAGAAAGCGCAUGCAGUGGACAAGAGCUAUAAAUACCCCAUGUUUAUCUGGGACAUGUUACCUCACGGUGGGGCCAGUCAGGUCCACCCCCACUUACACAACUUCCUGGAUCAAACCAGGUACCAAGGUGCUGUUGAAAACUGGAGAAUGGCAGCUAACCUUUACACCAGGGAUUUCCCUAAACACAAUUACUUCUCAGAUCUCAUUAUGAUCCACAUGUCACUGGGGCUGGGGGUGAAGUAUGGCAAGGCCGCAGCUCUCGCCUCAUUGUUACCAAAGAAGGACAAUGAAGUCAUUAUCAUCAGUGAAGAGGCAGACCAGGACUUCUAUGAUCUCCUGUACUUCACAUACAGAGCGUUCAUUGAUGAUAUGGAGAAGUUGUGCUAUAGUUCAGGAGUGGGUCUACCAAGUUUUGACAGGGAGGAUAAGCUGGGGAGAAUUCCUGCAUUUGCACGUCUGAUUACUAGAGGCCCAGUAGAAGACAUACGGGCUGAUAUGAGCUCUUUAGAACUCUUUACUGCUCAGAAUGCCAACACAGAUCCAUACAAAGUCAUACAAUUUAUCAGGAAAUCCAUAAAGAAAAGAGACAGAAAGAGAAAAACGUAACAGUGGUGCUAAAUAGGACUUCUAUUUAUUGUAAUGGUGUAACUGAGAUUAAUCUACAUUGUAAUGGUGUAACUGAGAUUAAUUAAUGUAUGGUUGUGUGACAGUAUCCAUAGUGAGAGAUGUCAGUUUACUAUCUGCUUUAAAUUUUAUGGCCUUAUGUGUUACAUUCCAAGAGAAUUAUUUUUAAAAUCGAUUUAAUUUAGUGGAGGUACAAUUCAUAGAUACAUGUAAUAGAAACAUAAAUAAGUGAGACUUGUAACUUUGUCAUUAACAGAUUCAGUUGCUACAUAUAUGACAGUCCUAAUUAUUCUUGAUUUAUUAGACCAUCUUUAAAAUAUUUUUGAUUGCCUUCUUUGGACUAACUAACUAACAAUGGCUUGACUCAAAACUUUUUUUUAAUUUCAUUACACAUUUUUUUCUUUUUAUUUCCUUCAUCCCGAAUAUGCUGAAAUAUUCACGAAAAAAACUGUCUAACUUACCUGACAGCUUAAUCAUUUUACCCUGAGUCAGAAAAGGGCAAGAAAACAAUAUUCUAAAGAUGGCCCUUUAUAAUACAAAUCAUGUAUAAGUAUAUAUAUUUGUUGAAAUUCUGAAGCAAAAGUUAAUUAAAAGUUUGCAAAUUGGGCAAAUUAAAGAGGAAAGUAAUCGAAAGGCAGAUCGUAUGUCAACAGUAGUUUACUUUAGAUUUCUCUUUGUUUAUAGCAAUAAAGAGAAAAAGGAGAAAGACAUUUAAGUAAAUUCAAAACAUUCUGAAUAAUUUUUUGAAAUCAGUAAAAAUGUCUUCAUAAUUAAUUUUAAUCUUAUUUGAUUUGAAUAAUGCAAGAUUUAAAGAAAGUAAACAAAAUCUUGAGAUUUCAAACUUUAACAGUUUGUGUUAUUUAUGUCUCUGACGAAGGGUUCAUGUACCAGUAUUUUUUUAUGUUGAUUUUCCUUUGAAGAUAACAGGGUUUUUAAAAACUUGUAGUAGUGUAAUGUUUGUUGUAAUAGAUUUAGUGUAGAUGUAUAAAUGAGCAGGGUAAAGCUAGAAUAAUAGAAACAUCAGACUAUUGACUUGAGAAUUAAAAAAAAAACUUAGUGGACACAAUAAUAAAGAUUUUUUUCGAAAGCAUAUUUAUUAAUAUUUAGAAGAUCUAUAUCUAUAUUUGGAAUAUGUACAAGGAGGUUAAACAUAAUCAUGACAGUAUAAUCGUACCAGUAUGAAAACAUUGUAAUGUAAAUGCAGCAAAGUACAGUUGUUGGAAAAUAUUUGUGUACAUGAAAUUACUUUGCUUGUUUGUUUUUAAUUCUUUCUGUUGAUAAGAUUUUAUGAUGGCAUGUACUAUUUUGUAAUGAAUGUUUGAAUUCUCUUUUUUUUCUUGACAGAGAAAUAUAUUUUUAUCUAAUUAUAAUAUUGUAAUUUUUUUUUUACAAAGUGACUGUCAUACAUCUUUUAUAAAAGUUUAUGGGUAAAAUGAUAUAUUUUGUUAGUUGAUUUCCUUGUAAUUAUUACCUUGAAGUUCAUAUUGUUAGUUUAAAUUUUAUGUAAUAUCUAAAAUGAAGUUUAAUUUCAGUGUAACAUAAUUAAAUGCUGAGAUUCUUCUAGGUAAGAUCUGGAAAAUAUAUUUGAAAAAAAAGAGAUAUAUUAGGAGAUGAGGUGUUUGUCUUCUGUUUUAUGUUGACCUCUGAAAUGAAAUAAUUUUUGGAGAAAAAUAAUGUAGAGUUUAAUGUACCAGCUGAAAAAUAAAGGAUCGUGGUAAUUAAUGAUAAC